CUCUACAUCAACCUCAUCUAAAGAGAUUCUUACUUACAUUGGACACGUACUUGGAUAUAAUAUUCUAAUUGAAGUAUCACAAUCGAACCCAUCUAUACCUGCAUCAACUCUACUAAAAUACAAUAUGGCUAAUGUCAAUGAUUUAAAUGCUGCUGCUAUUUAUCAACAAGAAAUCAAAGAAUUCUUGAAAUCUACUACAAAAUGUCUCCAAGAAUUACAGAAUAACCUAAUAUUUCUUCAAAAUCUAGUUAAAUCUAAACAUUCACUGGCACAAGAACAUUUUAACUAUAGCAACCAGAAUACUUUAAUAUCUCACCUUUAUAAUAUUUUACUUUAG